UGAAUCAUUAAUUUUAGUCAGUCAGCUCAAUGACGAUCAAAAUAGUAACAUUUAUUAUGAUUUUUGGUUUAUACCAAAAGAACUUUUUUGGGUCACCCAAUGAUAAUUGAUUUCUGGUGUUUGUAUGUGUUUGUGUCCUCCGGAAAUACAACAGCGGGUCUAGUCUGUCUCCGCCGGUGUCCACGUAAAUGUAAUUCCAAAUGUGCAGUGUAGACGUGGAACCUGUAAACCUGGCUGUGGCACCAACUGACCUCUGAGUCAUCCACCCUCUGUGUAGAUCUUCCUCAAACGUGGCAUUGGUGAACAGUACGGUGUUAAAUCACAGCCGAACUGAGAGGCAUAGCCAUGAUAGUGUAACUUCGGACUUUCAGCGCUAAGAUCAGAAGCAAACGACUGUCUUCCAACGACAAGAAUGGGUCUUUGUAAAUGCCCAAAAAGAAAAGUCACCAACUUAUUUUGUUUUGAGCACCGUGUGAACGUCUGCGAGCACUGUUUAGUUGCGAAUCAUCCAAAGUGUAUUGUCAAGUCUUACUUACAGUGGCUACAAGACAGUGACUAUGACGUUAGAUGUAGCCUCUGCGAGAAGGAACUUGCUGAAGGAGAUGUGGUCAGGUUAAUAUGCUAUGAUGUGUUCCACUGGGCAUGUUUAGACGAAUACGCUCGACAGCUUCCCUCCCACACGGCCCCCGCCGGCUAUACCUGCCCCUCUUGUAACAAUGGUAUCUUUCCCCCGAGCAACAUGGUAUCUCCCGUCGCCGAGAACCUCCGAGAGAACCUGUCCAGGGUCAAUUGGGCGAGGGCGGGCUUGGGGCUUUCACUUAUUGAUGAACCUCAAAGGCCAGCACAGCGUUUGGAAGAGCCUACUGAAGAGUUGUACAAGUCAACCGAGAGCAGUGUCUCUGACCCGACUCCUUCCUCCAGCAUUACAGAGAUUGACAGUGCUGUCUACAGGCCCACAACCACCACCGGGGUACAGGCCAGGACCACGAGUACCAGCGUCAUCAACAUAGAUAGCACAACUCCACUUCUAAAGCCUGAGGCGUUACCCAGUACUGGUCAGCUUCAAACUGCUCACAAGCGACAGGGUGGAAAUCGAGACGACGAAAUUGUGGACAUUAUCCAAGACCAUGAUGUGGACAAAUACAAGAGGAGAAGUGCUUUACAUUGGUUUUCCAUGUGGUUCAAGACACGUACAGGGAAGAGAAGUGCGGAUGCCAGCACGCCCAUGCGACGCUACGCCAUUCUCCUGAUCCUGGGCGUGAUUGCCUUCUUCACCAUUGUUGUCAUCAUGACGCAAGCGGGCCGAGCUUCUGCCAAUGCAGACCCCUUCCUAGACCCCAUGGCUAAUCCCAACAUCAGGGUAGGGCGGAAGAUACUGGAGUUGAGUCACUUUAGACUUGGUUUGUAGUAAAUUCUAUGAGGGGUGGUGAGUUAGAGGGGCAUUCUUAGUGAUUAAGAUCAACUUUUUUUUUUACUAGUCCGUGUAAAUCUUUGCAACUCGGUGCUGGGUGCAUGAAUGGCUGAUCACAAGGUCAAAAGAUAACCCCAUUGAAAUGUUGUAUGCUUGAAUUGUGGAAUGUUCACUCAAACUUCGAGUAUUGAAGCAACCUGAAAACCUCUGCAAUUUCAGUUUGUUUGCUUUGCAUGACUACGGUAAGGGAUAACGGUCCUCAAGCCAUUGUUAAACGAAUUCAUUCUGUUGCCAAUUUGCUUUUCUCAUUAGUCUUUCGUAUGUCUUAUGUUUGGUCUCUUAUCUGUAUUUCUCUCAUCUGUGAUAAAAUACUCCAGAGCCCUUAAAGUCGGUGAAUCCGCGAAUUGAUCAAAUUGCCAAAGUGACACGGACACUGAUAGAGGGGGGAUAGAGGGGGGGGCAUUAAUGUAGGUUCCCCUCCCCUCCCCCGGACAUUUUUCUUCUGCUUUUGAAAUACAUGUACAGAGUAAAAAGUAAUUUAGCGGACUUUUUCACUUCCUUUCCUUGCCAAAGCUUGUAAACAGCUCUCAAAGUGAGCUCCGCCCCUAAGAAAGUCCAUGAAAGUUUACAUACAGAAAUUUCAAAUUUGGGGGAGGGGGUCCCUAACAAAUGUUUUGGGGACCCACAACUUUUGCUCUGGAUCUGCCCAUUAACACUCAACUUUUGUCAGCCAUCAAGGUUAGCAUACUUUAAUAAAGUCUGCCAUAUCAUAAAUGGGAAAGCUGGCUUACUUGACGUGAAGGAAAGUGAACAGCCAAAUACCUGCCAGUACCUAGUCUCUAAAUUGUUUAGUUAUUUCACGGUUUCUUAACGAGGCUCAUUGCUGUUCAUCACAGUGGAACUGGUUGCUACGUUUUUCAUUUCCAUCAUUUCUUAUUUUGAAUGCAUUCUUGGCAUUAAUUGAUUUCCAGUUUUUUAUUGUCUCAUUGCAUUUGUCCGACUUACAACAACUUGUUUUUUCCCCUUUUUUUAAAUCCGUACAUCUUACAAAGGUUGAGCCCGAGGUUAGUUUUAAAGUUUCCAUAAAUUGUUAUAAAGUAAAGAUCUAGCUCCUUAUCUUUCAUAUUGAAGGACUGUACACGUCUUUUGGGAUGGAAUCACUCAUAUGCAGACAGUUCAGGAUUGGAGGGGGUGUCUCCAAGUUAGCAAAGGGGGGGACAGGCUACAGCGCAUUGUUCCAUAGUAGUUGGUUUUCAGUAUCAGAAGAAAUAUGAAGCAUUUUCACCUUAAUCAUGGAAUUGUGGGAAGGAGUAUUGUAUCCGGCCAGCAAGAUUUUCAAGUUUAAUAAACACCAACAAAUUUAUAGAACAUUUAUACCCUGCAGAGUUGGCAUAAUUUUCUUAAACAAAAAAUAAUAGGUUAAUUGGAAUUUGUUGUGUUUGGUGUUGAGCAAGUGGUGGCUAGUUAAGGAACUCUUGUAGGAUUCCACACAAGCAGGAAACGGCACUAUGCUACCACAGUUGUGAGGGUACCUACAGUAUGUGUGCCUAGUAGUUUAACCCGUGUUCUCUGUAAAAAUAAGUCAGAUGCCCCUAGAAAGGUCACUUUAGUAACUCUCAAUGUCUGACAUCAGCACAAUAUCCGUUUUUAUGAGGAUACCAGACUGAGUGAUACAUCAAAGCCAAGAGCUUAGUUUGCUCUUUCUAUUUCAAAAUGAAACUCAAAAAGUGGCUCUGGCGACUUCUGACUCAUUUUCACAGUGCAAGUCACAUCUGGUGAAGUGCCCCCAAUCAUUUUUUUUAUCUGAAUGUGCACAAAGUUGCUGCAUUCUUGGAUGGAUGCAGGGCAUGUAUAGUUGCAGUGACAGUCAAUGGCCUGUCGGGGGCCUGCACAGAGUUCAUUCGUACUGUAGAUGCCUAUUACUUCACAGAAAUCUUCUGAAAGAAACCCCUCAACAGGUUGGACUAAAAAACCACAACUUUCAGCCUACUUACGGAGAUUUUCACAGGCUUUUAGUGAGUGCCUGAUGAUAUCACGUUAGUGGCAGAAAGUGGUUGGAAGUCACUUGAAAAAUCAAGUGACCCUCUCUUAGAAAUUAAAUUUUGCCAAGAUUAACUUUCCUUGAAAAGUCUUAUUCUAAUCAGCUGAUACUUUGGGGAAAACGUCAUGGCUGUGGUUGUGUCAAGAUUGGGAUAUGAGUGCUUUUCUCAAAGAGUUUUUGGCAAUCCCCAGCUACACCAGGAAAAUUAAUGAGAUUGCUCAGAUGGCGAUAUUAAAUUUUUAAUUGGUGAAACUACUUGGUUUAUUGAAAGGGCCUCGUGCAUAUUUCUGGUAACUAUGAUAAUUUCCUCAAAUUGCCCGAUUGCACAGAACAGUAAAAUUCUCAUCGUUUUUGUUCUCUGUUUUUGUUCCAUGUCGAAUGCAGGCAUGUCGGACCAUAUAAGGGUAUAAUAAAUUGUACAUAGAAAAAAGGUCAUUGUAAAUAAAGGAAAGUCGUAUACAUGUACACCAAA